GGCAAGCAGAUGGUGGGAUGUCGAAUUUCUAUCGUCCCCGCCGGGCCGCCAGACCCUCCUACUAAUUGCACGGCCGAGGGCAUGUCGGAAUCCGACGCUACAUCGCUCGAAAUCAAGCAGCGAAUUUCAUUAAGACGAAACGAAGGCGAGCUUGAAGCAGACUCUCGAGAUCAUUCGGAAACUCCUCCAAGAGAUGAAGGUAUUCCGCAAACGAAGUUACUCACUUUGAAACAACAAAAGGCUGCCGAAGAAACUCAAGUCUCGACCGACAUCGGCGAAGCCGCGCCAAAGACGCUGGGCAACACAGCGGCGUCGCAGCAAGUGAGGCCCGAGCGAGAAGCCACGUUGCAGGGACCCAUGGCCAGGUCCCAGCGAGAGGCCACGUUGCUGGGAACCAUGGCCAGGUCCGAGCGAGAAGCCGCGUUGCUGGACCCCUUGGCGAGGCCCGAGCGAGAGGCCAAGUUGCUGGUCCCCUUGGCGAGGCCCGAGCGAGAGGCCACGGUGCAGGGCCCCGCCGUGGUCGUGAGUUGCUUGGACGGCUUUGACGGAGGCUUGCCUCAGUUCUUCUUCGUCGAGGCCUGGCAAGGGGGGAAACUCAGAGCCAAUCUGUCCAGCAAGUUUCCCGAGUGGGUGGUGCCGGGGCUGGAGGGCGGGGCGGAGGUAAGCUUGCGGGUGGUCGCUGCCAACGCGCGCGGCAGGAGUCACACCGUGCGCGUGCAGCUCAUGGUGCCUCCACGUACCGCCUUCUCCACCGGGACAGACCAAGGGCACGUGGGCGUGUCACUCAUAGGUGCAGGAGUGGGCAUAGCGGCAGCGCUUCUGUUGCUGUUGCUCAUCGCGUCUGCCGUCGCUUGUCGAUCACAAACUGAACGACACAAGCGACCUCUUCCCACCACAGCAAUCCUCAAUGGGGCUGGAAUGCACACUGAUCUUUCCCCUCUCGAUGGGAGUUCAGUGAUGGUGAGAUCGAGAUUGAGGUCGACGUCGGACGCCGCCGAGUGGUCGACCGACCGAGGGCGGUUAGUUGGGUCGAGGGAGCCUGACGUGGUGCGAUCUGUGACCUCCAGACCAACCCUCGACCAAGACCGAUUUCCUCCACUCAUUCUGGCUGCACCUGCUGAAGCAGCGACGAGUUUAGACUCUGACAGUUCCGGGACAACGGAAGAUAACUUGCAGCCGUACGACAACCCCAGCAGCAGCAGCACGACGGACCUCGAGGACCUAACGGACCUAACGCUGGACGGACGCUUGCGCUCCGGGAGGUGCGAUCACAGGAGUGCGCGGCCGGGCGGCGCCUUCGGGAAUUUUGCAUUCGGCCCAUCAGGAUCGCUCUUGAAGCCUCCAACAGCGCAAAAACAAUAUAAUUUCUUGCCAAAACUGGUUGAAGUGAACGAUUUUCACCCCGCCUUUACAGAUUCCCGGUUUGUCUUUUCUGAUUCUGCUAUUAAAUAUUUGACCAAGCCGACGGAAUUUGAUGAAGAAACAUACAGUAAAUAUGAGAAAGGCUUGAAAAGAAGAUCAGGGAGUGAAAGCAAUUUGCGUUUGUUAAAAAGAAGACAAUGGGGAGAUUCGGAUAAGUCAGUUCAAUUAGGCAAUAAAAAAUCAACUAGGCCUUUGCUUCUCGAAUCAUCAGUGGAUAAUCCAAGGCUUGCUCCGAGCCAAACUCUUCCGAAAAAUUACGGCGGUUUCGCCAAUGGUCGAUUCGCAAGUUUCCUUGGCCGCUCUCAAGGUCCUCACCCAGGAAGCAGUGCUACGGAUCAAGUUCCAGCCAUCGCGACCGUAACGAGGGCUGCAGGUAAAACCGAGGCAUUUGAUGGAUAUCUUCAACACGAUUACCAAAACGUACCCUCUCAGUCGUACGAUGGCGCUGUUCCUCAGAAGCCACCGAGAUUGUCUCCAAUUUUUGAUUCGCAGAAAGUUACCUUGAGGAAACCCACACCAAGAAGUGCAUCUGCAGUCAACACAGAAAACUUGGAAAAGCAAGGAUGUGAAAAGGGCGAUAAUCGAACAAAUAAUUUUAUUUCGAAUGAACAGUUUAUCGCACAAAAUGAAUUUAACCGAAGCAUGAACCCCACUCAGGACUUCUAUGAUAAUAGAGUUGAAUCACGUAAGAAUAUUCAACAAAGAACUUCUGACAGGAUGGUUUAUGACGAGAAUUAUCCAUACCACACAGUUAAAAUUAUUUCAAAUUUUUCACCGCAUAAUCAUCCCUCUAAAAACGUUGACUCAAUGAAUCUUCAGAGACCAACAGCAGAACCUUCCCCUUAUAAAAUUAUAAAGAAUGGGGAGUUUGGAGCUGUAAAAUCUAAUGGAAAUCCGUCCCCCAACCAACAAAACUAUGGUUCUCCAUUCUCCCUUCCUCUUUCUUCUGAGUCAAAUAAAAAUAAUAUUUUCCAGCCCGUUAUUAGUCCAUCUGAAGAGUCAAUUUUUAAAAGCCUAGAUCAAAGCGUUUUACGCAAGAGCAAAUCCCGGUUCCAUACUUUGGACAAGAAGAGAAAGUCGGGCUCGCGCCCUGCAGGCAUCUACGAAAUGAACCCAGUGAAACAAGAAGCAAAUUCAAAACAAAUUCCGGAAAGAUCGAACGAUCAAACGAACCUCUUCAGUAAUAACCAUGCAAGCGAUCACAAUCUCAGGCAACCGUCUAACAUUCCUGUGAAUUCUUCCGUAAAGAACUCAUCAGCAGGGGAUGCAAGCAGUGAUGUUCAUGUUGUAAAAUUGCGUAAACCAAAGAAUGAUAAUACGCUUCCACUGACCAGAUCAUCGGAUGUUGUGAGACCCGUGCCAGAAACUUGUGAUGAUUACAUCAAGCCUCGCAGGAAUACUACUUCUGAUCUCAAUCCCAACCUCGGAGGCGAAGUUCAAGGACCGCUUGCAAAAAGGGAGAGUCUUGGUGAUUCUCCCCCAGAAAGUUUACUUCAACAGGCCAGCAGGUUUGGGAAAAUUGAAACGAAAAAUGAGAAGAAUGGCAAGUCAGAAAGUGAUGAAUAUGGACUCGGGGAUUUCAUGUUAAAUCCUCAAACUUACUCAUCACCAGAUGAUUUUCGCUACUCUUUAAUUAUUAAAAAACAAAAUUCAAAGGACAACCGUCAAUUGGAUAGCUCAGUGACAAGACAUAAUUCACCAAGCCGUUUCGAGUGUAAAGAAAGUGUCAUUUGAUCUGAAAUACGUGAAGAUAUUUAGCACUCUGUUUGUAGUGUGAGAAUCCGGUGUUGAAUUAUCGUGUCUUCCCAUUGGUAAUUAUACAUUCUAGUAUUAUGAAUAAUUUGUCUCUAAUAAAAUGUAGCCCCAUGUACUAAAAUUGAAAAAUGCAAAAACUAAUUCAAAUGAAUAAAUGCUUUUUUUCAAAAUUUAUACAAACUUUCCAUGUGUUCUUGAAUGCCUUACUAUGAAUGCCUAUCUCAAUUUUACGAGCUUUUUUCGUUGCUCGUUAAUUCACAAUUUGUAAAACAAUGUUGAAUUUUUACUGUGAAACGAAGGAAAUUUUCAGUCUCGGGAUUAUGUGUGGUUGAAUUGACCUCAACAUUUUUCAUGAUUAAGAUUUAUGAAUCAACGUUUCUUUGUAUUCGACUGCAUGUCAUUUGGCCAACCAAAGGGAUCGAUCCACUUUGCAAAUUGAGAUCAAACAUUCCCUGUGGAUUCUCCACCCCUAACAAAGUACCUAGAUUUUUCACGACAAAAAAAAAAGUACAACAAUUGAUCAAAAACAACAUUUUAUUUCUUUUAAAAGAGAUUCAUAUAAUCAGUUUAAGAAUAAUUCUCAACGAAAAGCAUUUCUCAUGAUAACCGAACAAGAGCUUUUAAGAUUCAUGAUUUGAAUUUCAGUUCAAGCUUUUCGACUUCUUAUUCACUUUAUUUCCUCCGUUAUUAUUCGUAAUUGCAGAGAGAGGGCUGAUCUUGCUCUCUUGAAUCCUGUACCCACUAUAUAAAUCCUUUCGGUAGUUUACUCGGCCACUUAGCCGCCAUUGAGUAUUCAAUUCGCCUUCACCUGAUCGCUUUUACUUUCCCAUUACGCUAUAAUUAAACUGCCUAAAUAUCCUGAAUCAGUUCCGAUAUAACGAUAAGUGUUUGGUACAACUUUUUAGCGGCAAGAUUCCUUAUUGUAGAACUUGAGAACUACAAACAAAUAUUCUGCGCAGAAUUAUAUUUCAUCAAUGAAGAUAAUACUCAUUAAUUACCAUAAAAAACUCUGUAUGUAUAAUAUCAAUACGUAUUUCCAGACUGGGAGUAAAUAAGAUGUUAUAUUUAUUGUAUUAUCAAUGAUUGUAUUCAACUUUGAAUGUCUCGUACAUUAAACUUAACAGGCGACAGAAUAAAUCACUUUAAUAUAAUA